UCUAUUUCCAGGUCCAAUUGGCCAUGGAAUCGGAUGCGAAGGAUGCGCGGCAUGCCAAGAUGUCCCGGCGGCCGACGAGGGCACCCCAAGAGAUGAAGCUAUGUAUGGCCUCACCACCAAGCUCCCCAACGUCAUCUACGUCGCCGACCUCCUGGGUCGGAUCCACGAGUCCUGUCGUAGCACCGGUAGAACUUGCAAUGUGAACCAACUCAAUUCUGCAUGGUUUGCAUGCGUAGCCUUGACAAAAACGACUGUAGAACAUUGUAGAUCGAACUGUGAAAACAAGGAGUCAAUUUCGAGUAACCAUUUCGGCGGAUGCACUAGGCACAUCCACAGAGGACCGAGGAAGCGGUUGGUCCAGUCCUCGUGCACUACCCUAUCGACCACUUGGAAAACCCGACCUAAGCAUGAAGCUGUCGCCGAAUCUGCGAUCUCCCAACGUGCGCAACGAAAGCCAGGCAAAAAGUGGGUUUUGCCCCUCCAAGUCCAACGACGUUCGCUCCAACGAACCCACGACACCAAACGGAAGAACGGAGUCCAGCAACCCAACCUCAGGGACGUUUACAUUGGCGGACGACAUGGUUGGACUCAAAACGCAUUCAAAUUUGCCAGCGUACUCGCCUUCCCACAUCAAACACCUGCAAUGCCCCACCCGAGUACAAACCGACCCUUCGUAUGCGGUGCUACAACAAGCCAUUCGCGAUUGUGCAGUGCGGGUGUGUUCCGUCAAGUAUGGGGGCUGUGCGUUUUCCCGUGCAAUGGUGCCUCACGGAGCCAACGACGUGGUCCGCGACCUGCCUUCAACGACGUCCUUGUCGCCUGAAAAGCAUGUGUACCUACCCUACACAACCCGAAAACCGCAGAGUUCGCCACCUGUACCUCCACUGACCACCCUGCACGACUUUAUGAUCGAUUCCGAAGCCAACUCAAAGCUGCAAAAGAGCGUCCCCUCCAGCCCCAGCAGCCGAUCUCUCCGUGGGGGUCGUCACUUGCACUCGCCCCCCCAUUCCCCGCAUCACUUACACAUCCCCUUGCCGCAUGUACCCCUGCACGAUACAUCGCCAUCGACUUCGUCGAAAGCCAUGGAAUCCCCCGCCACCUCCUCUGACGCCCACGCCGCCUACGUAGACGCCCUAAGCAAGUCCUUGGACGGCGUGCUGGCCCCCUUAGUUACCCACCCUUCCCAGAGACUCAGCUCGUACUCGGCAUCAUCCCCACUGCAGCCGUCAGCCGCCCUACCGGACGCCUCACCUUGUGGCGCCAACAAUAUGCCACUGUCCUUGGUUCAAACUGUGGCCCCACCACUGGCCCUUCCCCCGUCGAGCUUGCAUCCUCAUCAAUAUCAUUCUCAUCUGCAUGGCAUCGAGCGGCUCCAACUCGUGAUCGCCGCGAGAGAAGAUAUGAAGCAAGUGUUCUCCCACGACUUGCUGGCCAUCUUGCGAUCACUCGACCACGGACGAUGGACGUGCUUUUGCCUCAAAUACGCCGCCUUUCACACCCACAGAGACCUCCACGUAGCCCUGUUCCACAUGAACGACUUGUCCGAGACAACCCGGAGACAAAACAUGGCUGCCGCCGCCUUCCAUGCUGCCACAUGGUUUACAGGCUUGCUGGCUGUCGUGGCGAAGUUUACCCCAAUUAACGCCCAUCACACAGCACCACCAGCUACUCCCCCGCCCGCCUGUGCAUUUGUCCUCGACACCAUUCGACAGAUGGUCGAAUCUGGCUACGAGAUUCACCGCGCGGUGGUAUGCAGCCUCGUGCUAUGCAUGACGGAAAGUGAGCUCCAGUUGGAAUCGACGCAGGCCGUGUUGAUGUACUUGCGAAGUGUCGUGCAGUUGUCGUUGGACGACUGGGAACGGUUUUUCGCGAGUGCUCAUUUGCAGCCACCGCGCGAAGUGCUUGAGCAUCGAGCUCAGCUCCAGCACGCAGCAAGGAAGCGGUCGAAAAUGAACUUUGCGAAAAUCAAACAAGUUAUCCGGACCAAGGGCAUGAUGGAGGCGGUGGUCAUACCCCGCAUGCAUUUGAUCCAUCGCCAGAGUCCCACGAUGCCACCAAAUGGACACGUGGCACGCCCUACGACCGACCUUCCAUCGUCGUAGACGUGGCCAUAUAUAUUAAUUAUAGACGCACUAUUUGCUAUGUACAAUACACGGUUGGUUG